GGUUACCGGCGGAGGUACUCUCUCUUCGCCCAGAAGACUAGGUGAAAGACCUAACUUAUGGACGCCACCACAAUUUUGAUUCAAUAUGUACUGAUUUUUGGGUUUAGGGUUUAAGGAUCUCUCUUUGGCAAAAAAAUGUAAAUUGGUGGGUACGACGAGAAUUACCGAAAGCUUUUGACCCAAAAUAAGCGCCCCUCAAUACAAAACACUAGUGUUUAAAGCCGCCUUGUCUCAGUUGUGCCUAAAGGGGUAAACCCCUUAAAGUUAAACCUCAGUGAGUUUGCCAUUGCUGCUAAAACCCUGUCGAAGGUGGGGCUAUGAGGCAAUGGUGAAUAGCAAGAAGAGUCCAUGGUGCUGGUAAAACAUUAAAGUACUAAACUUUUCCUUUUCCUUGUUCAAUAUCAUCAGAAUUUUUUCGUGCUCGUGAAAUAGUCUUGAGCUUCAAUUUUUUGGAUGAAGUUUGCUGCUUUUAUAGUGAUUCUUUAUUGCAUUACAAUUACCCAAUAAUGCUUUACCAAUAAAUUGACUGAUAAUCAAUACCCACUUCUCCAUUUUGUGGACAUUUGAACCCAAGUUCAUAGUUUUGGCACAAGUCAAUAAAAUGCAGUAUCAGUGAAUUCCAUAGUUGUAAGAUUGUUGAUAUGAAAUCUAGAUUUGAUUCUGUAUUCAAGCUCUGCAUAGUGUUCCCUGCCUGUCGAAAUCACUCUCCUUUCCCCAGAACUGUUCUCCCAACUUGUUUAAGUUUCGUGCACACCACUUAUUCGACAGUUUGCCUCACUCAGGAAGAAAGUGUAGUGGAAGACAUUUUUGACCAACCAAAGACCUCUGCAGAAGUUCUGGAGAAAUGGGGUUGUAGUGAUGCUGACAUAUCGAAGCUGUUCAGGCGCCGGCCUACUUUAAGGAAUGCUGACCUUAACCAGCUUCAGUUCAAGUUAAACCUUUUGAGUGGAUUGGGUAUUACUGCACCUGAGCUUUUGAAGAUGAUCAAUUGUCGCCCCCGGUUGCUCAGUGUUCGGAUUGAUCAUUGCUUUGAUGAGCGGCAUGAGUUCUUUAUGAAAUUGUUUGGGUCAAGGGAACUGCUUGUCAAAGCCAUUGUAAGGAACCCGUCUCUCUUGAUCUAUGACUUCCAUAAUAAAGUCAAGCCGACUAUUGCUCUAUAUGAGGGAAUGGGUCUUAGUCGGGAGGAGUUAGUCCCAAUGCUAAUAUCACGGCCGACAUUGAUCCCAAGAACUACAUUUAACGACGAGAAGAUGGAGUAUAUACGGAAAACUGGACUUUCAAAUGAGUCCAGGAUGUAUAAGUAUGUUGUGACACUCAUUGGCAUUUCACGCCUUGAAACUAUCAGUGAGAAAGUGGCAAAUUUUGAAAAGUUUGGUUUCUCAGAAGAUGAGAUUUUCGGCCUUUUGGGAAGGUCUCCUAUAGUGUUUACUCUUUCAGUGGAUAAGGUUCAGAGGAACAUGACUUUCGUUUUAGGACAAAUGAAACUUCCUGCUACAGUGAUUCUUGAGCACCCAUUUUUUCUGUACAUGAAUCUGGAGUCUGCUCUGAAGCCGCGAGUAUGUCUUGCAGGAAAAAUUGAGGAUAUGGAUCUUGAUGAGCAAAUUAAAGGACCUAGGUUGCUGACGGCAUUGAGAAUGACAGAGAAAAGAUUUGUGAAGGCAUUCGUUAAUUGUCACCCAAAGGAUGUUGCUGAUGAAUUGAUGGAGUACUAUACAAAAGCAAAGGGUGUGAAGCGAUUGGCAGAAGCCUCAAAGAAGAAAUUGUACGAAGGCUUUCCUUACUAAAAUUUUGGCUAUCAGGUUUUCUUCUUUUGACCUCAAAGAUGUCUUAUUCGUUAUUUUACUUGUGUAUAUCAUUGUUAUACAUUUCCUGAGCAUUUUGCUUAAGCGGAAUUGUCAUUCUCUGUAAUCCUUAAUUUUAUUAUGGAGUUUAGUUUAUUCUUUAUGAGGCAUGAUCUUUAUCUUUUUCUCUCCUUGUCUCAUGUGCUACAAUCAGCUAAUUACACAAAGUUCAAGUUACAUGUCCUUUAGCUUUCCACUUGUUAAAAUUACAUUUUCUUAGGGAAUACCUAUCUUUUUGCCUAACGCCGGCGUUGUUGCUGAUUGUUUAGGGUCAUAACUGUUGCUACUACAUUCUUGGGUGCAGAACCUUGCUUUAGUUGCCAGAUGAACACUGCAGUAGAGAGAACACGAUAGACAAAUAAUAAUAGUUGAAAACUGCCUUUUAUAUUGAAAAUUAGUUUCUUGAGUUUUCUAGGGAUGUAUGUUUUGUCCUAUAUGAUGUUGUUUUGCAAGCAAUCUGGUU